AUGGGUACCAACAAUUUUACAAUCAAAGAGCUAUCUGAUUUUCAUAGACAGAACCUACAGAAAUUUACUGAUCUAGAAGAUAAAGUAACGAAGCUGAGUCAAAAAUUAGAUGAACAAUCAACAGAUUCAAAAGCUUUUCAUGAGAAGAUGAGUAAUAGUUUUGAUCUGCUAGACAGUCAAAUGGCUGAGCUACUUCAGAAUUCUAGACGCAACAAUGGCGAUCUAGGAAUUUUUGGUACACCUGGAUUUACACCUCCAAGAGAGAAUCCGCGUGGAUGGGUACAAAAGAGUGAGAGGUAUUUUCAGAUCCAUAAUAUUGAGGAACAUCAGAAGGUCAGUGUAGCUUCUAUUUAUCUUGAGGGUAAGGCUGAUAAAUGGUUUCUUAACUUUCAAAUUGCCAAACCUUUUUUAUCAUGGAAAAAGCUAUCUGAGGGUGUUUAUGCUAGAUUUGAAAAUCCUGUAGAUGAUAACUUUAUUGGGAGUUUUAAUAAAUUGUGUCAAGUCACCACUGUAGAGGAGUACUUUGAGCAAUUUGAAGCUCUUAUGCUGAAAAGUAAUCCUCACUUGACUGAACAAUACUUUGUGAUGAGUUUUAUCAGUGGGCUGAAAGCUGAAAUCAAAAACUUUAUACUCAUGUUUUGUCCUGCUACCCUCUUACAAGCCUUUUCACUAGCUAGGAUGCAAGAACAUAAAUCAAGAUCUGGUAACACUACCCCAAAGUCCAGUCCCCCAAUAUCACCUAUAAAAAAAUUGACUCGGGAACAGAUGAGGGCAAGAAAAGAGAAGGGUUCGUGUUACAAUUGUGAUGUUGUUUACACUCCAGGACAUAUCUGCAAGAGGCAACAAUUGUUCAUGGUACAAGUAGAACAACCAGAAUCUUCUGAAGAAGUAGAGGAAGAAAUUUAUGAAGAAGAUGUGGAAUCUCCAGUGGAGUCUGAUAUGGAAAUAUCCCUUCAUGCUCUCACAGGCAAUGCAAAUGGAGAUACAAUUAGAAUACCAUGUACCAUUAAGAAGCAGAAAAUAUCAAUUCUCACUGACACUGGAAGUACCCAUAAUUUCAUUGAUUGUGCUUUGGUCAAGUCCUUAAAGUGUCAGAUAGAACAGACAACUCCCAUGUUGGUUACUGUGGAUAAUGGAGACAAAACUGUCAGUACUGGUGUUUGCUCUCAACUUCAUUGGUCCAUGCAAGGUCACAAAUUCUCUGAAGACUUGAGGAUGCUACCUUUAGGAGGGUGUGAUAUGGUACUUGGGGCUGACUGGCUAAGAAAGAAAGGUGAUGUAAUAUUUAAUCUCUCUAAGAUAUGCAUUUCCUUCAUUUACCAGGGAAAGAAGAUUACUCUACAGGGAACUACUGAUAAGGUAACACUCAAGAUGAUGAGUUGCAAGGCUUUUAAGAAUUUCUUGUCCAAAACUUCCCAUGGGCUUAUUGGACAAGUAUCUUCCACAGCACUUUCUGAAAUUCCAACCUCAGUCCCUGAACCCUUUACAAAACUCAUUCAUGAAUUUCAAGACAUAUUUGAUAAUCCAAAACAAUUACCUCCCACCAGAAUCUUAUAUCCCUCCAUUCCACUUAAACCAAAUUCAUAA